AUGGCUACAGCAAAGAACAUUCCCACGGAGGUCGACUAUGUGAUUGUUGGAGGAGGAACAGCCGGCUUGGUCCUGGCGGCGCGCUUGUCGGAGGACCCAAGCAAGACGAUAUUGGUUUUGGAGGCUGGAAAGGACAAGACUCAAGACCCUCGGGUGCAGAUCCCGGCUCUUUGGACCUCGCUGAUGGGAUCGGAUGUGGACUGGCAAUACAAGACCACGGCUCAGGCUACACUGGGCAACCGAUGCAUCAAGGCACCGCAGGGAAAGCUCCUGGGCGGAUCUUCGGGAAUCAACGGACAAGCCUUUAUUGCGCCUUCCAAAGCAGGCAUUGAUGCGUGGUCCAAGCUGGGAGCGACCGGCUGGACCUGGGAGAGGCUGCAACCGUUCUACAAGAAGUCCUACACCCUUCAACUACCAGACCAGGCGACCCAGGAGCACAUUGGUUUGAGCUGGGUGGACAAGGAGAACCACGGGUCCUCGGGGCCGGUCAAGGUCUCCUUCCCGGCCGUGGCCCAAGACCCAUUGUCGAAAGCCUGGGUCGAGACCUUCAAGUCGAUCGGCUAUGGACUCACUGCGGAUCCAUUCUCUGGCGAGUCCACCGGAGGGUACAGCACGAUGGCUUCUGUGGAUGCCGAGACCAAGACACGCAGUUAUGCCGCAACGGGGUAUGGUCUGCCGGCGAUGCAGCGACCGGGCGUCCACGUUGUAACCGAGGCCCUCGUGCACAAGAUCACGUUCGCACCCACACCGAGUGAGAUCGGCGAUGUGACCGCGACCGGAGUUGAAACGAUGAUCCAGGGCGAACUGCACCGGGUGAUCGCUAAGCGAGAGGUGAUUGUCGCGGCUGGGGCCCUCAAUACGCCCAAGCUUCUGGAACUGUCCGGGAUUGGAAAUUCGUCGAUCCUCCACCAGUUUAACAUCCCUGUCGUGGUGGAUAACCCGAACGUGGGCGAGAAUCUCCAGGACCACCUGAUGACAGGGAUCAGCUUCGAAGUCGCCGAGGGGGUCCACACUGGCGAUCCUUUGAUGCGCCAGGAGCCGAUGGCGCUGCAAGCCGCUAUGCAACUGUACACUGAGCACCAGGCUGGCCCCAUGGCGAGCGGCGGGGUGCAAUCGGGUGCCUAUAUGCCGGUCUGUGACUACGGAGCCCAGAAGGAUCAGGAGAGCAUGGCGACGUACAUGGAUCGCUUCCUCCCACAGCCAGAUAGUCGCCAUCGGGCAAUCCGCGACAUUUUCGCCCAACCGAAGGCCCCGACGUGCUCAAUGGUGAUGUUCCUCGCACAGACUAACCUGCACGAGAGUGGCAAAAGCUUCGUGGGGCAGGAUCUGCUACCCGGGAACUUCCUCAGUCUGGGUCUCAUUCAGAGUAUACCGUUCUCCCGCGGGCACGUCCACAUUUCCUCAGCGGAUCCGAGCAAUGCUCCGGCGAUCGACCCACGCUACCUGUCACAUCCGCUGGACUUGGACAUUCUCUCACGCAAUCUGCUGGACUUGGAAAGGCUGCACCAGGCCGAGCCGUUGGCGCCAUUUCUCAAGCCCAACGGGCGUCGCAACCAUCCCGACGCCUUCCUGACGGACUUGGAUAGCGCGAAGAGAUACAUCCGCGAUACGGCCACUACCACCUAUCAUUCCUGCGGGACGGCGGCGAUGCUCCCGAGGGAAAGUGGGGGGGUCGUGGACGAUAGGCUGCGCGUGUAUAGUACCACCAACGUCAGGGUGGUUGACGCUAGUGUCUUUCCAUUGAUACCAGCGGCCAACAUCAUGUCGACGGUCUAUGCCGUGGCUGAAAGGGCGGCAGACCUCAUUAGGUCCGACGCCGAAGAGUAA